AUGUAUCUUACAAUUCCACUAAUACUUCUAUUUUCUAGAACUAUCUUGUGUAGCAAUAUUCUAGGAGUGUUCAUGUUUCCUUCAAUCAGCCACCAAAUCGUAUAUCAACCAAUCUGGAAAGAACUCUCAUUGAGGGGCCACAACGUCACCGUGGUAACACCCAACCCCUUAAACGAUCCCUCCUUAACAAACCUAACCGAAAUCAGUGUCCACUUCACCUACGACUUCCUCAAACAAACCAAAAUCCAAGAACUUAUGUCAAAAGAUGUCAACGUUUUCCAAAACCUGGAUGCCAUUUUUCGUUUCAUGGAUGCGAUAGCGGAAGCCGAACUCAACAGUACUCAGUUCAAACAACUGAUAGACGAUCAAAGCAAACAGUUUGAUUUGAUUUUAAUAGAGUGCUUCCAUCCCGUCAUGUACGCUUUAUCGGGAAGAUUCAAGGCACCCAUCAUUGGAGUCUCGUCACUGGGAGUACUAGCCGCCGGGUACGACAUUGUGGGUAAUCCGACACACCCGGUACUGUACCCAGAUGUCUUGCUAAGCUUCCACGACAAAGAACUGUCGUUGUGGCAAAAAACCAAAAGCGUUAUGUUUAGUUUGUGGUCGCGGUACUACCACCACAAUAUUUUGGUACCACGAGCGCACGAAAUGGCUAAGAAGUACUUCGGGAAAGAUAUACCGUACGUGGGGGAUUUGGAGAAGAAUCAAAGCAUGCUUUUUCUUAAUGUAAAUCCGUUGAUGUACCCACCGAGGCCUACUGUACCCGCGAUAGUCGAAAUGGGGCAGAUGCACAUCAAACCGGUGAAACCGCUACCUCAAGAUUUGCAAAAAAUCCUGGAUGAUGCAACCGAAGGUGUAGUUUACUUCAGCUUGGGGUCGAACGUGAAAAGCGUAAAUUUGGCGGAAACACUGAGAACAACCAUCAUAGAAGCCUUAUCUGAAUUACCGUACCAAGUUCUGUGGAAAUGGGAGUCCGAUCACUUGGAAGGAAAACCGAAGAACGUGGUAACACGAAAAUGGUUACCCCAACAAGAUAUCCUUGCACACCCCAAUAUUCGUGCUUUUGUCACACAAGGCGGUCUUCAAUCCACUGAAGAAGCCAUCUCUAGAGGGGUGCCACUAAUUGGUAUGCCUUUCAUGGGUGAUCAGCCCAUGAACGUGCAAAAAAUUAUCGACAUGGGGAUCGGACUUGGUGUGGAUCCAGUUACCGUGAACAAAGAAGAACUAAAAAAUUGUAUAAUAGAAGUAGCUGAAGAUAAAAAAUACAAUAGGAGAAUCAAGGAAGUUCGUGACCUUUUAUACGACAAACCCAUGACUGGACUGGAAAAGGUUGUUUGGUGGUCCGAAUACGUGAUUAGGCACAAGGGGGCAAAACACUUGAGGAGUCCAACAGCUGAUAUCUCGUGGUUUAACUAUUUAUUAGUGGACGUUAUCUUGACAGCCGUUGUAAUAAUUAGUAUUAUUAUUUACGUAGGUUUCAAGGCAAUUCAACUAUCAAGUGUUCACCGCAAUGAUAAACACAAAAUACUGUAA